AUGAAAUCUAUUGCCCUUUCCAUCCUCCUGUGUGAUGUAUUGGCGACUGCCAAGCUUGGAUCAUCACUUGUGAAUAACAAUCGUCGUCGGAAAACACAGCAGCUUGGAACCCUUCGAGAAUAUGGCUCCAACCCACAGCACACACUUGGGCACUGUGAGGGCGACUGUGAUAGUGACCAGGAUUGCAAUGGUGACGAACUUGUUUGCUUCCAAAGAGAUGCACAUGAGCCCGUUCCAGGUUGCUUGGGAGGCUUACAAGACGGAUCGCUUAGUGACUAUUGUGUUAGGAAAAGCGAUUUGAAUAGUGGGUCUACAUUGGAGGACCUUACGCUGAAAUACACUACAGAAUUUCCACUAUCUCGUUGCGAAGGGGAUUGUGAUACCAAUGAUGACUGUAUUGGUGACUUGAUUUGUUUCCAAAGAAAUGAACAUGAAGCAGUUCCUGGCUGUAUUGGAGGUGAAAAUGACGGCAGCCGAACGGACUACUGCAUCCCUCCGUCUUCUUUACCUCCAGCUGAACUCGCAAUCCAAUGGAGCACAAUCUUUCCUCUGGCACGCUGUCAAGGUGAUUGCGAUUCAGAUUUUGAUUGCCAGGGAAAUUUGGUUUGCUUCCAACGAAAUGAAAAUGAACCCGUCCCGGGAUGCUCUGGAGGGUCUGCUGAUGGCAGCCGAACAGACUAUUGUGUACCCCCAACGGUGGCAAGACAAGGUCAAAUCUCUCCCCCGUCCACGAGCAUCACCAGCGAUGCCAACCAAAUAUCUUGGAGCACAAACUUUCCACUCGGGAAAUGUGAAGGCGAUUGCGAUUACAAUCACGAUUGCCAAGAUGGACUGAUAUGUUGGCAACGAUCACACGGAGAAAGCAUCCCCGGUUGUUCCGGGUCUGACAAUUCCAGCACAGAUUACUGCAUUCCAAAGGAAAGCGCUCCUGCCAAAAAGCUGAAACUUUAUUGGGACAACUACUACUGGCAGGAAUCGAAUGAUGAGACCUUUUGGUGCAUGACCUGCACUGCAUGUGAUUCUCUCACCACGGGCGAUGGAUGGGAAGGAGGAUGUGUUGUGCCUGAAAAUGACAAAUGUGAAGAAGGUCAUCUGAUGUGGAUCCAAAGGUGCCGUGAAACGAGAAAACGGUUUGAGAUUAUAGAAAAUCCAAACUCUGGCGACCAAAUCCGAGUCCAUGGUUCCAACCUCUGUUUCUCCUCUAUCAACAACCGGUUCCUUGAAUUGAGAACUUGCGACAACACCAAAUCCAAUCAACUUUGGGCCGCAAUGUCAAACCGUAACAAGUUUGAAAUCCGACCAUAUGAUCAACGAAAUCUCUCAGUGAAUGAAGCGAAAUGUCUUUCACAGCUGCAUCAUCCCAAACGUGAGUGCAAAUCGUUUCAAUAA